AUGGCCCAGACUGUUAAAGGGCUAGUGCUUUCUUCUCGCGCUCAGGAUGUCGCCAAUGACGGAUCUACAAAUCUGAUGUGGGACAUCAUGACUGACGCUUGGUGCCCGUCACGCAACCCCAGGGGAUAUGUCAAUGUGGGCGUGGCUGAAAACACACUAAUGCAUGCCGAGCUUCUGCAAUUUCUCAACUCCAAGCUAGAUCUGCCUGCACAGUACCUCACCUACAACGACGGCGGGGGCGGGUCCUCUAGGUUAAGGGACAACCUGUCACAGUUCCUGAAUCGCCAUUUACACCCAUUUAUUCCGUUGCAACUUGACCAUCUCAUUGUGACGAACGGAGUCUCACCAGCAAUUGAGCAUGUAUCAUGGGCCCUUGCAGACCCGGGAGAAGGGAUUCUGCUCGGUCGGCCCUACUACGGCACCUUUGUUCCUGAUAUCUCCACGCGCCCUGGAACAACGGUGGUUCCCGUCAGUUUCGAUGACAUUGACCCAUUCCAUAUCGAUGCUGUGCAAAAGUAUGAACAGGCGCUGCAAGAAUACCAACAGAAGACCGGCAAGCGAGUCAGAGCCUUGAUGCUCUGUCAUCCUCACAACCCGCUCGGACGCUGCUACCCCAGAGACGUGCUCAUCGCAUUGAUGAAGUUCUGCCAGAAGUAUCAGAUACAUCUGAUCAGCGACGAAAUUUACGCGCUGUCAACAUGGCACAACACCGUCGAUCAAGAACCCUCCGCCGUGACGUUCGAGUCAGUAUUAUCAAUUGACCUCGACGGCACUAUUGACCCUCGACUGGUCCACAUACUCUGGGGUAUGAGCAAAGACUUUGGCGCCAAUGGUAUCCGUCUGGGAGUCAUCAUCUCACAAGCCAAUAAAGACCUGCAUUCGGCAAUGAAGGCGAUUUCCUUGUACUCGUAUGCCUCCGGCGUUUCGGAUUACUUGGUGUCACGUCUCCUCGAGGAUACACAAUUUACAGAAUCCUACAUCCAGGAGAACCAAAAGCGAUUAUCGGAAAGCUAUGCGUACACGGUUGCGUUUGUCCGACAGCAUGGCAUUAACUAUGCCCCUGGGAGCAACGCCGCCUUCUUCCUUUGGGUCAAUCUGGGGAGCAAGUACCGCGACUUGCAUCCUGGGGAAGUUGGAGUGGACGGGGUUGGAGAUCGGAUUAUGCGACUUCUGCUGAAACACAAGGUAUUCUUGGCCAGUGGCGCCUUGUUUGGGUCCGAGAAAGAUGGUUGGUUUCGGAUUGUCUUUUCCCAAUCUCGGGACCAUUUGGAUGAAGCAUUGCAGAGGAUUGUUUUGGCAUUACAAGACGGGGCCUGUGCAUAA